AAUCUCAAUUCACAUUUCUUACACCUUUAUUUAUAAUAAUACUCCCAUGAUUUCCUCUCUUUUCUUUGUAUAAAAUGCUUUCCUCUCUUUUGUUUUCCUGGUUUUCCACCUUAUUCCGCAUCGUCUUCAUCUAAACAAAUUUAUUUCAUCAUCUUUAAGUUCUUCCAUUUCUGGCCGGAACAUAAACAUUGGAUUCUGAUUUGGGUUUAAAAGAAAGAAAAAAUGGAUGAAAGUGUGAAGAAUAAUUUAGAGAAGGAAAAGAAAAAGAAGAGUAGUGUAGAGAAAAGCUACUUUGAUGUGUUGGGAUUGUGCUGUUCAUCAGAAGUAGCAUUGAUAGAGAAGAUAUUGAAACCACUUGAAGGAGUAAUUGAAGUAUCAGUAAUUGUUCCUUCCAGGACUGUCAUUGUUCUUCAUGAUACUCUCUCUAUUUCUUCUCACCAAAUUGUGAAGGCACUUAACCAAGCUCGGCUAGAAGCAAAUGUAAGAGUCAUAGGGAAAACAAACAACAGGGGAAGAUGGCCAAGUCCUUAUGUUAUUUCAUCAGGGUUAUUGCUCGCAUUCUCAUUUCUCAAGUACGUAUACCACCCUCUCGAAUGGCUAGCCGUUGCAGCCGUUGCUGUUGGUGUUUGGCCUAUUCUCUUGCGGGGUUCGAUUGCGAUCAGGAAUUUCACUAUCGAUGUCAAUAUUCUUAUGCUUAUAGCAGUGAUAGGCACAAUUGUGUUGAAGGAUUACUUAGAAGCCGGUACUAUUGUUUUUCUUUUCACCAUCGCGGAAUGGCUUGAAUCCAGGGCUAGCCAAAAGGCAACCGCGGUUAUGUCAUCACUUUUGAGCAUGACACCUCAACAGGCGACUCUAGCAGAAACAGGAGAAACCGUAAAUGUCAAAGAUGUUAAAAUAGAUACUUUGGUUGCUGUGAAGGCAGGUGAACUUAUACCAAUUGAUGGUAUUGUGGUAGAAGGAACUUGUGAAGUUGACGAGAAAACAUUAACUGGGGAGUCAUAUCCUGUUCCCAAGCACAAGGAUUCUACUGUAUGGGCAGGAACUGUCAAUGUAAAUGGUUAUGUCAGUGUAAAAACAACUGGUCUUGCUGAGGAUAGUGCUGUAGCAAAACUGGCUAGGUUAGUAGAAGAAGCUCAGAAAAAUCAAUCUAGUGUUCAGAGAUUAAUUGACAAAUGUGCCAAGUAUUAUACACCAGGUGUUAUUUUAAUAUCUGCUGGUAUAGCAGCAGUUGCUGCUGCAAUGAAACUUCAUGACAGAAAACAUUGGUUUUACUUAGCACUAGUAGUUUUAGUCAGUGCUUGCCCUUGCGGGCUUAUUCUCUCGACACCGGUAGCAACUUUUUGUGCACUUUCUAGAGCUGCAACUUCAGGGCUUUUGAUCAAAGGAGGAGACUAUCUUGAAAUCCUCGCUAAAAUCAAGCACAUAGCUUUCGACAAGACUGGAACUUUAACAAGAGGUGAAUUUUCGUUGAAGAACUUCCAAUCACUUUCCGUUGAUGUUACUUCCGCAACUCUACUUUACUGGGUAUCAAGCAUUGAAAGCAAGUCGAGCCAUCCAAUUGCUAGUGUACUUGUUGAUUAUGGAAAAUCUCGAGGUGUUGAGUCAAAGCCGGAAAAUGUGGAAGACUUUCAGAGCUUUCCUGGUGAAGGGGUUUCAGGGAGAAUUAAUGGAAGAUAUAUCUAUAUUGGAAACCAGAAGCUAGGCCAAAGGGCCAACUGUACAGCAGCAACAACUAUUGCCGAAACGGAAGAUCAAAUGAAGGAAGCUCUUACAUGUGGAUAUAUUUACUGCGAUGGAACUAUCAUUGGAAGUUUCAGCCUGACAGACGACUGUCGAUCAGGGGCUGCAGAAGCAAUUAAAGAACUAAAAUCAAUGGGUGUAAGAACUUCUAUGCUUACUGGAGAUAGUCGGUCUACAGCAAUGCGUGCACAUGAGCAGCUCAGACAAGCUUUAGAUGCAGUUCAUGCAGAACUUUUGCCCAAGGACAAAGCCGUUAUUAUAACAAACUACAAGAAAGAGGGGCCCACAGCUAUGGUAGGUGAUGGUGUAAACGAUGCCCCUGCAUUAGCAACUGCAGAUGUUGGUAUCUCAAUGGGAGUUUCAGGUUCAGCACUCGCAACGGAGACGGGGCAUGUGGUUCUCAUGUCAAACGACAUCAGGAAGAUACCGAAAGCUAUUAAACUAGCAAGGAAAACCCGCAGAAAAGUGAUCGAGAACAUAAUAUUCUCUAUCGCUACUAAGGCGGGAGUCCUUGCUUUUGCCUUUGCGGGCCAUCCUCUAAUCUGGCUGGCAGUUCUGGUAGACGUCUUGACAUGCUUGAUUGUAAUUGGAAACAGCAUGCUUUUGCUCGGAGGAUCCGAUCAUUCCCAUGGAAGCAGGAGGUGCUUUGGACUGUUCUCGUCAGGUCAUUCUCACAAGACAAAAUGUUGCUCGAAAACUGCACUGCCUAAAUCAUGCGAGGCAGCUAAAUGUUCUUCUCAGAGUUGCUCGGCUACUCCAUGUCAGAACACAGAGCACAGGCCUUGUAAGACCGUGAAAUGUUCUUCUCAGAGUUGCACAACUACUCCAUGCCGAACAAGUAAAUCCCAUUCAUAUGGGCCCGCUGAUUGUUCGUUACAAAAUUGUCUGACUACUCCAUGUCAGUCGACUAAUCUGAAGUCUUGUUGCUCAACAACUACCUGUCAUACGACAACUCCAGAGUAUUGUCAACCAGUCGAUUGUUCUUCUCCGACCUGCACCACUCCUAGCGGAAGUAAAUACCAUUUCAAAGAUCAAGCAGAGACGCUUACUGAAUCCGAAUCACCAAAAUGUUGUCAGACCGCAAACCAACAUUUCUGUCAUGACACACAUGAGAAUCACUGUGAUGCACAUGAAUGUGCUUCCGAGAGUCAGUUCAAUGAUCCACAUAGCUCGCGUCUUUGUAAAGGGAACGCGCUCUCUAAUGAAGAUCAUUACCUAGACAUUCUCGAAAGUCAAGCUGGCUCGUUUGUUAAACAAGACAAUUCGGAAAUAGAGGAACAUCAUGAUCACUUGGGGGUGAAUCAGCAUUGUCAACAGAAGAGCUCUUGUUGUGAUAAAAAUACCGAUGGGGUCAAAAUGAAAUUUGAGGGUCAAACAAGAGGUGGGCAUCAUUGUAGUCCUGUGAUCAACGAGCUGCAUAACAAGAAUAAUGUGUCGAGGCAUGAACAUUGUCAAAAGUCCGAUGAAAUGCAUCAUGCAGCACAUCACCACCACCAUCAUGUUUUGUCGCACCAAAUGUGUCAUUCGAACGUGGUUGCCCACCAUGUUUGUAACAGUUUGAGAAAAAGGGAAAUCAGGGCAUGCUGCAAGAGCUUCCGGAAGGAGUGUUGCGGUAGUUCACAGGGUCAUAUAGGAGCUGCUUUUGGAGGGCUCACAGAAAUUAUAACUGAAUAGUAAGUAAAUCAGUUUGUAUCAUGUUACAGUGCAUAGGAGGAAAAAAAAAAAAAAACAAAAAAAAAAAAAGAAAGAACCUCUUCUUUUGGGUUUAUUAAGCUAUGAAGUGGAACUUAACCUUAAUUUUCUGUACAAAACAAAGGAUAAUUAAGUUUUGUUUCCCUUUUUAUUUAUUUUUUUUGGUCUAAAUUGAUGGGAAACAAGGUCAACAAUGUGUAUUUGCUAAUGGAAGAUGGAUUUUCAGUGUGA